AUGACGGACAGCUCGCGGAGCUCGGGCUCGCGGCGGCGGUAUCACGGAGACCCCAACAACCAGGCAUGGACCAAGGACGAGUCGACGUACGGAAAGCGACUGAUGAAGUCGAUGGGAUGGGAGGCUGGAACUGGGCUUGGACGAACCGGAAACGGACGGACAAGCCACAUCGCGGUGACCAAGAAGGGCGACAAGAAGGGUAUUGGGGCGUCGCUGGCGUCGGAGAACUGGCUGGCAAACGCCGACGCUUUCUCAUCGAUCCUGGCCAAGCUCAACGCCAAGCACGCACUAGACAAGGUCAAGGACGGGGAGGCCGAUGAUGAGCCACCGCGGGUCUUUGUGCCCAAGGCCAAGGUCAAGAAGACUGCUGCCCAGCGUGCUGCUGAUCGCCGGGCGGGCUCCAAGAAGAUCUUCUACUCCAAGUUUGUCUCGUCCAAGGACGUCAACUCGUACGCUGACGAGGAUCUGUCGGCCAUCUUUGGCCGCCCGGCCUCAUCGUCGGGCGCGUCGUCGCCAUCAGCCACGCCGACGCCGGCGGCCACAUCCUCGCCCAAGCCAGAGCUUCAUGCCGAUGCCUCAUCCAUCCCUACUCACACGGCCUCGGUCUCGAUGGAGGACUACUUUAAGCAGGCAAUGGCUGCCAAGGGUGCCACUCUCCAGGCUGCAGGCCGCCAGCCGACUGUCGACUCGUUUGUCCCGCCGGAGCCGGUCUACCGCCACAAGCGCGGCGAGGCCAAGCGCAAGCGCGGCAAGGCCAAGCCCGAGGCCUCGCCCGCCGCCGAUGAUGUCCCGGCGAGCAAGCGUGCCCGUGGGUUUGAGGCGGCCACUGAGGCUGGGGCCGACACGGAUGAUGAGGAGAAGGACGAGGCAAAGGGGAAGGAGAAAGGGAAGGGGAAGAAGAAGGGGAAGGCCAAGGCCAAGGACAAGGCCAAGAGCAAGGACAAGGCCAAGAGCAAGGACAAGUCAAAGUCAAAGAGCAAGGACAAGUCAAAGUCAAAGUCAAAGUCCAAGUCCAAGGCCAAGUCGAAGUCGUCAAAACACGACGAAUGA